AUGGCGUUGUCGAAGGCGAUGAUGAUCCGGAAACUGAUGGAGAGUUGCGACGUACGCCUGUUUGUUGGCGACCUAAUGCAUGGGGGGGACUACGACUUGCUGGAGCCGCGCGAUUCUCCAGUCCUUGGAUUCGAACCGCCGACCCCUAACUUGUCGCUGGAGGAGGAUGUAGUCGAGCCGAAGGGGGGGGGUGUAGCCCGGAAGCUGAUCCCCCUCUGGGGUAUAGACGCUUGGGUACCUGGAAACCAUGAACUGGGGACUGAAAUGGACAUACUCGCAAUAUUAAAUGAAGAUUCAGUUCGUGCUGAUUCGAACGACGAUGGUCAGAGCGGAGAUGGGGGGCAGGGGGGAGAUGGUCACAGUGGUCUGGGGAGCGAAGGCGGCGGGAGCGAGUUCCGGCAGACGAGUGAUGACAUUCCGAUACUGUGCAGUAAUCUACAGUUGAGUGAUAAGGCGAGCGAUAGGCUUCGGAAGAAGCUUCGGAUUAAGCCUUGGGUGCGGCUGGAGCGUAACGAGGUGCCAAUCUGUUUGUACGGAGUUGUUAGGGAGGAGUUAAUUGAUAGUGAUUUGUACGAGACCACAUCUCCCGUGGAGGGUUUCUUGGACGCGUAUUAUUCUUCUAAGCCAAGUUGUGAAGGGGCGUUGACGAUUGUGCUUUCGCACUCUGGAUGGAAAGAGGAUGAGGAAUUCAUUAGAGAGGUGGAAGCACGAUCUGAGCAUGUGGACGUAGUAUUGGGUGCACACUCCCACAACAUUUCACCGGAGCCAUAUCCCUGGGUAUUUGACAAUGGCACCAUCCUCUCCCACAUAGGUAGUUACGGAGGCUGGGUUGGUGUGCUGGAUCUCGUUUCCUUCUCGGACCCCGAAUGGCGAAGCUGGUCCGCAAUGCCUUGGGCCGCAGCACCCACACACCGCCUCUUCCCCUGGGUGCUCGGCCACCGCACAAUGCGAGUUAGCACCCACUACACAAUACUCAAUGAUACUCGACUGGGCCUUGAUCCCAACCACCUCGCAAGAGCUGUCGCCGACGACCUGGUACGGUUGGCCGAAACACCCGUGCUCGGCACGGGAGGGGAACCCAUGGCAGCAGACGCCCCAAGAGCGAGCGGACUGACGGAAGGGAGGGCACUUGCCAGUCCGAAACGUUCGAAUGCGAACAUUCCCAUCCGGGGUGAUCCCACCCGAGGCGAUCCCGGCCGAAGCGAUCCCGGCCGAGGUGAUUUGGCUAACGGCCAAGUUUCCCGAAUGUUUGACGACCAAGUGGUGGAGACAUGGUCGAUGUUACGGGAGCCUGCGUGGGAGGAUGAACGUGAGCACGGCAUCAUGUUAACUCAUUUGCGCAGCACAAUGAACUUCAGAAGAAGCAAUAUGCAUAGCCAUGGCAUGGACCUAUUCAGGACCGCACCUCCUCGCCACAACGUUGCGGUGUCCGUAAACACUGGAGUCGUGAAAGCGGUACCUCUUUCACCAGACGUAUUUAGCCAGCUGUGUGAAGAGGACCACCGGUUGCUAAACAGGCACCGUAGUGACUUAACGAACCUGAUCUCCAAAAUGACCCAGACCACAGUGGCAUUGCUUCCAGAGAAUAUGGUGUCGGAGGAAGCCAUAGCCUGUCGAUUCGGUCAGUGUAUGCUGGGGAAGUGGCUGGGAGGCGUCUUGCGGUUUUCACCAACAGUGGCCGCUCGAGAAGUCAAGAUGGAAUGUGCCCCAGACGUCUUACUCGAGGCAGUGGAGGCAGUUUCCAAAAGGGAUGAAGCAGCUUCCAAUACAGUUGCCGCUGGAAGGAAGCGUUCGUUGAGUGAGAUAAGAACUGUUUUGGGUAUGAUCCAAGGCGGUAUUUUGCGGGGUGGGUUACCCCCCCGGUGUGAGUCUGUAUUCGAGCAGAGGGCGGGGGGCUGCUCACUCACCGCCUCCGACCGGACCGUGGAUCUGUACGACGUAAACCGGAUCCUUCCGUUCCACAACAAGGUGCGAAUCGUGGUUUUGAAGAACCUACACAGCCUGUGUCACAUCCUCACGCGGGCCGUGUGGCAAUGGAACACACACAAUGGCAGUCAUCCCGGACUCGUUCAUUUCGGCGGCCUGGAUUACUUCAUCAGGUCCAAUAACACCAUCCUUCAAGACGACCCCCAGACCCAGACUGACCUGUCUCAGACAGACUCCCUUACCAGUGCCUCAGCCAGCAUGCUAUCCGAGGGUACUAAGCAACACUUCGAGUCGCCUCCAGCCGUCUACAAGGGACGGCAGCCGCUGUUCGACCCCUUGUGGACAUUGAAGAACAAGGAGCUAAUAGGCAUUCGCUUCUCGAGCAUACGUGGCGACCGUGUUGAGGGCGUUUGCGUAUCGGAGGGAAACACUUCAGAGGAGGGGCCGCCUAGGACCAAAUGGAGAUGCCGGGGACGAGACUGUACGAAGCCGUCAGGCAAAAUCCUUCUAGUGACCACCGACCUGCUCGUCAAGGGUGCAGACGGAGGCAUCUUACGCUGGGCGGAUGAUGUGGACUUGGACUAUAUGCGCCAAGUGGCAAACCAGUCUGCGGAAGAAGCUGCUCAGGACGACCCAGACCAAGACCAGGAUGAGGACCGUCUUGAGGGCGCCAGUCGAAACGAGCACGACCUCGGAUGUUGGUUCCGAGGCCUGGAAAACUUGACGAUAAACGACGCUGCGGUUCUAUUCCUCGACACGUCUAUAACCACAACCAAAUCCCUCUAUCGGACGAAAACAAAACCGCUUAAGACUGCCGACCAAACCGCCAACUUGCGCAAUGUCCAACAGGACCUGCGCAACUCCGACACGGGAAUUGCUCUUUCCCUUGAAGGUGGUGCACAGCAGCCGGCAGAUAGCGCUGUGCUCGAGGACGCCGACCCGGGGCCAGGUAACGGGGCUGUUCCCGAAGCGGCACCUGUUCCUGACGUGGCGUCUGUUCCCGAAGUGGCACCUGUUGUUGUCCUUGAUUCGGCAGUCGAAGGAGUAUCCCGGAAAGUGAAAAGUGAGAUACAGUCGGGUGAUAUUGGCGCUGCAGUUUUGGCUGACGAGGAGGAGGAGGGUGAUAGCUAG